AUGCCGGUCCCGGGCCUCCGCCGUGCUUCUUGGGCCAGUCGAUCGUCCGUCGACGACUCUCCCGCCAGUGGAGAAGAUGAGGUCGUCGAGCCCGACCAGGGAAAUGUGCUUUCCCACAUCAUUUCCCAGCUGCGGCCGGGCGCCGACUUGAGUCGAGUCGUGCUGCCGACCUUCAUUCUCGAGCCCCGGUCCAUGCUGGAGCGCAUCACCAAGUAUGUCCCGCACCGCUGCGGUCCGCGGCCUGGAAUCCCCAAGUUCCCCAGCGUUGGGCGCUUCGCUAACAUCCAAAACAGCUUCAUGGCCCACCCCGAAACCCUCCUCCCCAUGUCCACGAUUGACGAUCCGGUCGAGCGCUUUGUUUCGGUGAUCAAGUUUUACCUGAGUGGGUGGCACAUCAAGCCUCCAGGUGUGAAGAAGCCGUUGAAUCCCAUUCUUGGCGAGACGUUCACUUGCUACUGGGACUAUCCCGACAACACGCGUGGAUACUAUGUUUCGGAGCAAACCUCUCACCACCCGCCCAAGUCGAGCUACUUUUUUAUGGCCCCCGAGCACAACAUCCGCAUUGAUGGAACCCUCAAACCCCGCAGCAAGUUCUUGGGCAACUCCGCUGCCAGUAUGAUGGAAGGAAUUGCGAUCCUGCGGCUACUGAACCGCGGCGAGGACAAGGAAAAGGGCGAGCGAUAUAUUUUGACCCAACCUAACAUGUACGCUCGCGGAAUUCUAUUCGGGAAGAUGAAGUAUGAGCUCGGCGACCACAGCUACGUGCGAUGCCCGGAGAAUAGCCUUUUGGCCGAUAUCGAAUUUAAGACCAAGGGCUACUUUUCAGGUACAUAUAAUGCUAUCGGGGGCACGAUCAAGAACGAGAAGACUGGCGAGGUGCUCUAUGAAUUGUCUGGUCUCUGGAACGGCGAGAUGCACCUAAAGAACGUCAAGACCCAUCACAAGGAGAUUCUGUUUGACGCGACACACGCGAAGCACUCGAAACCAAUUGCGCGCCCGCUCGACGAGCAAGGAGAACGGGAAUCGCAGCGUCUCUGGCUCGAGACGGUCAAGGCAAUCAACGCGCGGAAUCACGAGGCUGCGACGGACGAGAAGACCAAGAUUGAAGAUCGCCAACGAGACGAGGCCGCCAAGCGCGCCGUCGAAGGUGUUGAAUGGCAUCCCCGGCUGUUCCGCGCGGUCGAGGGUGGACCUGGUGACCGAGAUGAAGGAGAGGAGGACCUCGAUUGGAUCAUCAACGCCGAUGUUGACUCGCAUAACCCCGAGGUUGCCAAGAAGCAGAUUCUCGCCAUCGCGCCUAUCGUCAAAGGCCAAUCAGCAGGGACUAGCGCCGAUGGAGAUCACUUGAACAACACUGUGCAGCGAAAGGACACUCAACUCGGGGAUGUAGAAGAAUUCGUGGAUGCAGAGGAAAACCAAUGA